CUGACUUUGCACCAGGCAAGCAUGGAGGAGCAGCAAAACACCGAACUUAAAAACUCAGGUGUCACAGCAAUAGCCACUCUGAGCUCUACUCGCUGAAUAAAGAUGCACAUGCACUCGAAGACACAGAGCGGCCGUCAAAUCCGAUGACUCAAAAAAGGAGGAAAAAAAAUCUCAGGUCCACAGUUUUGACAAUCUUAACCAUGUGAUUCAACGCAUCGACGACGACAAAAUUCACUUCAAAAUGCCGAGAUGAUAUUGUUUUGUCCGGAAUGUACUGGAAGAUGAAAACAUGUUGCGUGCCACCGCAGCCUAGAUGAUUCUCCCUUUUAAUAAGAGACUUAACUGUGAACUAAUAAGCUUCAAUGAUGUAGGUGCUACAGGUGACUUACAUGAGGCCUUUGACUCAAGACAGUCCAAUCACAGUCAGUAUGGAAGUGGCGACAACCUCUUUGGUCUGGAUUAACAGUACAGAACAAGUGAACGCGUCGUCGUAUGAGUACAACAGCACGGAUUGGACUGAAAACUCAGACAAAUAUCAGUCUUACAUCAUCGGUCUCUUCCUGUCCUGCCUCUACACCAUCUUCCUCUUUCCCAUUGGAUUUAUUGGAAACAUCCUCAUCCUGGUGGUGAACCUCAACCACAGGGAGAAGAUGACCAUCCCUGACCUGUACUUUGUAAAUCUGGCCAUAGCCGACCUCAUCCUGGUGGCGGACUCCCUCAUUGAGGUGUUCAACCUGAAUGAGAAGUAUUACGACUACGCCGUCCUGUGCACCUUCAUGUCCCUUUUCCUGCAGGUCAACAUGUACAGCAGUAUCUUCUUUCUCACGUGGAUGAGCUUUGACCGCUACAUCGCCUUGGCGAGCUCCAUGAGCAGCAGCCCUCUGAGGACUAUGCGGUACGCCAAACUCAGCUGCGGCCUCAUCUGGAUGGCUUCUAUCCUGGCCACGCUGCUGCCCUUCACCAUCGUGCAGACGCAGCACAGGGGGGAGCUGCACUUCUGCUUCGCCAACGUCUUUGAGAUUCAGUGGCUGGAGGUGACCAUUGGCUUUUUGGUGCCCUUCUCCAUCAUUGGUCUGUGCUAUUCCCUGAUCGGACGUAUCCUCAUGAGAGCCCAGAAGCACCGUGGAUUGUGGCCACGGAGGCAGAAGGCGCUGCGUAUGAUCGUGGUGGUGGUUCUGGUGUUCUUCAUCUGCUGGCUCCCGGAGAACGUUUUCAUCAGCAUCCAAUUGCUGCAGGGCACGGCUGACCCGUCGCAGCGGACCGCUACCACCCUGUGGCACGACUACCCGCUCACAGGCCACAUUGUUAACCUCGCGGCGUUCUCCAACAGCUGCCUCAACCCCAUUAUCUACAGCUUUCUAGGGGAAACCUUCAGGGACAAGCUGCGGCUCUUCAUUAAGCAGAAGGCCAGCUGGUCGGUAGUGAACCGGUUCUGCCACCACGGCCUCAAUUUACGCCUCCCGGUCAGGAAUGAAGUGUCAGAAGUGUGACUUCAAAAAAGAGACAACUGUUGCAGACAACUCAAUAUGCUAAGAACCCAUCACAUCCAAGUGAUAUUUCACCUUGUGU